AUGGCUCCUCUGGUCUACGCUCUGGCGGUGGUUGCUCCGGCCUACGUUCCUGUGGUGGUUGCUCUGGUCUGCGUCCCCGCGCCAGUUCUUCUGGUCUUCGCUCUGGCUGUGGUUGCUCCGUUCUGCGCUCCGGCUGUACGGUCGGAGCGGGAGCAGGCGUUGCGAGCCUUAGUUGUCCAGUCAUAUCCGGUUGUAGCUGUAUGGUGA